GUCUUCAAUUGAUUAAUCAAUUUGAAUGAUAAUAACAUAGAGUUAGUCAAUGAGAUAAUUUGUGGUCAAAUGAAUGCUAAACUCAAACUCAUUUUGACUUCGUUUGUCUUCAUUUUAUUUGUACUCUUCUUCUGUGAAUUUCUUAUUUAUUAUGUUAUGAUAUCAUUGUGUUAUUGGCCGACAAUGUCUUCAUCACACAACCAAUUGGACAGUAAACGGGUCGAGACAAUGGUAUUGUCUGAUACUCAUCUUUUGGGUAGACUUCGUGGUCAUUGGUUUGAUAAACUUCGCCGCGAAUGGCAAAUGAAACGCUCUUUUCAGACAUCGAUGCAUUUAUUGUCACCCGAAGUGGUCAUUAUAUUGGGUGAUGUCUUUGAUGAGGGCCAAUGGGCUUCAGAUACAGACUUUGACACUUACGUGAAUCGAUUUAAUGACAUGUUUGCCAUCAGUCCAGACAAACAUAAGAUGAUUGUUGUGGUCGGCAAUCAUGACAUCGGUUUUCAUUAUUGGACCGAUAAAUAUCUGCGACAACGCUUUGAAAAGGCAUUUAACAGAUCAGAUGUUGAUAUCAUAGAGAUAUCAAAUGGCGUCCAUUUUGUGACAAUUAAUUCAAUAGCACUGGAAGGAGAUAAUUGUUAUCUAUGUGUCGGUGCAGUCGAAAAGAUUAAAUCUUUAGGGAAACAACUGCGCAAAGAUAACAUUCAACCAAUACUUUUGAUGCACUUCCCAUUAUUUCGUGACAAUGAACUUAUAUGCAAGGAAUCCGAUUCUUCAACACUUGAAGACAAAUCUGUUAAAAAUAAGGAACGACUCGAUUGUMUAUCGAGAGAAGCGACAGAUUUUGUAUUAAAUGAAUUGAAUCCAAGAUUAGUUCUGACGGGUCAUUCGCACCAUAGCUGUGUUGUUGUACAUGAAUGGGACAAACCUAAUGUCAAGCGAGUGGUUGAGUGGACAGUGGCGUCAUUCAGUUGGCGUAACAUAAAGACUCCGAGUUUCUUAUUACUGACACUAACAUCAAAUCACUAUUCCAUCUCUAAGUGCUUUCUUCCCAAUGAAAACAUUGUUUUUCUUAUAUAUUUAAUUUGCUUUUUAUUUUUAAUUAUUCAUAACAUUCGCUGCUUUUUAAUCAACUAUUUUACAGCUAAACAUAAGUCAAAUUAA